UGUGACCACUCAAUUGGGAAUAUGGCAAAAAUAAGAAGUAUCAGGCUAGCUACUAGUAGACUUGACGAAAACCUAAGCAAUCAACAAUGCUGAGAAUGGCUCACUUAGGCACCAAUAGUAAGGGUAUCCUCGACUCGUCUCAUCGAUUGGGCCGUGUGUUCCUGACGGCGGCAGCAGCUCUCUCCACAUCGCUUCCCGCUAGAGUGGACGCUUUCUCCGUCGUUCGACCAUACCAUCAUCUUCCAAGGCCCAUUAAAAAUGGCGAUUUUGAUCGUUAUUCGCCCAGUCAAAACAAUCUGCUGGUCCUUCGGCAUUCCAGGCAAACUCGGCUCUACUCUUCUCCUAAAAAAGACGAUGGAAUUUUGAAAAAGGUGGCCAAGACUCUUCUGCCCAAGAAGUGGUUUCAGAGCGAAGAAGAAAAGAAAGCAGAGCUGGUCCGACAGCAAGCGAGAGACAAUGUGAAGGGAGGCAUCAAAGAGAUGUUGAAAGGUGCUCCACUCCCUGUUCGGAUGAUGGGUAGCAUGGUUGCCCCUUUGCUAUCCCGGGUAGCUUCGGAUCUAUCGGAAUCCGUGGCUGAACAGCAGCGCACAAUCGAAAGCGUGCUGGAAGAUUCUCGUGGCUAUAUUCUGGGAGAUGAUGUGGCUUGUCAAGCUCUGGGAGAGCCUAUUCGAGUUGGCUCGCCCUUUUCGCAGAGCUCGAGCACCAGUAUUAUUAAUGGACAAAAGACAGUCAAUAUUAUCUUGGGAUUCCCAGUCGAGGGGAGCCGAUCAUCAGGGGUGGCUCAAGCACAGGCAAACGAAAACGGAAUUUCGCAAUUACUCCUACAAGUCGAUGGACGGCAAAUUCAUGUCAGUCUGGCCAAACGAAAAAACGCAAUCGGCAAAAACCACCGAUCUACCAACAAAAGCUACUUUGCUGGAGAUGACGAUGACAAUAUCAUUGAAGCAGAAAUCAUUGAAAAAGAUACCAAGAAAUAGAGACCCAAAAAGUGUCAGCUCGUCAAGUCGAUUCUUGGCAUCAGCUAUCCUACGACCAACCCUUCCGUAAGAUUAGAUUAUUAAUUAAGAUGGGCGCAUUGCCAUCGUGUGAUUUGUACAUGUAGCAAAACAUCUGCAAACGCAUUUACCGUGGAUCAAGCUAGAAUAUGUUGACAAAUUACCGUGUAGCUACGGAGAGACAU